AUGGUACGCGAAGUUGAAGUCUUAUCCAGUGAAUAUGGUAAAAUCGAACAUCUUGCAUCGAAGAUCGCUGCUGAUGAUGGUAUUCAAGUCGACGAUUUGCCAUUAAAAGACGAUGUUUCAUUUAAACAUCGAUCCAGCAUUACCGACGAUGAGUCUGGUUAUUCAGAAACAACAACAUUAUCUGCACGUGCAUCACCAGUUCAAACCGUUGCUGAACAAGAUUAUGAAUUAGCAGCCACAAUAUCCGAUGAUUGUAAAAAAGAAUUCUGCUCUGAUAUGUGCUUAGUAUUUCACGCUGAAUUUCAACUUACAUUUGGACGCUAUUUUAAUUCACAUUUAUGGGUAUUGAUGCCAUUGGGUACAGAUGGAUCAUGCAAAUUACCACCUGAUACACUAUGUGAUGUUGAAAUAGCUAAAGUACGUUUUGAAUGUAAUUCAUGUAACCACUGCUGGACGUCGAUGCGUGGACAAAUAUCAUUCUUUUAUGAUUGUAAAUCUCAUAUUUUAUAUUUCAAAUUAUUCACACAAAAUUGUGAUCGAUGCGGACAUAUUUGUUCACCAUUAUGGUAUCCCGAAGAAGUCUGUCGUGUAAUUAAAAAUGUCUUCGUUAUCGUUCAAGAGAAAAUCUAUCCAGACUUAGUCACUCCAAUCAAAUCAAAUCAUUAUCGUCGUUUCGGCAAUCCAAAAGGACAACAUCAUGGAUGUGAAUCAUGUCGAGAUGGUGUCUGUGUUGCCCUGGCUGCUCAACAACUCGGCUGUAAACUUGUUAAAUAA